CUGGAGGUUGACGAUGACGAAGAUGAAGAAGAUGAAGAUGAUGAGGAGAAGAAAGUAAAGAAGAGGAAGAGGAGAAAGCCAAGGAAGCUGCUGCAGAAGCUACUGAUGACGCCAAACUGGAGAUGGACACUCUCUAACUAUACUUUGCUAUAGGUAUAUACAGUGUACAGUUAGGUGUGUAUAUAUAGUAGAUCUAGAACACAUUUUUCGGGUAUUUUGAAAGCGAUAGAGCAGACUACAGUUUUUUGUAGUAGAUUUAGGGUCUGAUAAUCAA